UGUAUCUAUUACAGCGCGCAGUGAUGGGUGUGAUGAUUGCGUUGGUUCUGGCGGUGUGUGGGGUCACUGGGAGCCCCACUGUGACCUUCAGGCCUGAGACUGCUUCAACAGAUGUACCAGCUGAUCCCAACAUCGUACCUCAGAUGGCAAAGAACACUGAACAGGAACAGCUGCUAGUGAUAGAAGUACCUGAGGAGGAUGUGAUGGAAACUGGGGAGCUGAAUCCAAACCAGUAUCCUGCUCAGAGAGCAGCCAAGGUCGUCCAGCAUUACCUCAACACGCGCCACGGCUCUCCGUUCAAGCUGUUCGGACUGCAGAGGGUCCACGGCGGGAAUGCAGAGGAUGUCGCCGACUCUGGAAGAAAGUACCAGCUGGAGAUCACAGUGCACGAAAUAAUCAGCAAUGCUGCUCAGAAGUGCUCGGUGGAGGUUUUGUUCCCACGAGGGGAAAAGCAGCGGUCUGCUGAUGUGCAGGCCUCCUGCGAGGAGCUUCUGAAGAUCAACACCACGGCUCAGGAACAGGCCUUGUAUGAGCAAUUCAAGACCAACAAAAGCCUCGUGUCAGCACAGUAUUUACCUGACAGCCAUGGUCACAUUGAGCCUCAAAAUAAGCCUCUGUGGCACCUGGGCAUCGUGGCGUCCAGCUUCGUCAUGCUGAAAGAAUCUAGUGAGAACUCGCUGUACAACAUGGCUCAGGUGGUCAACAUCACACAGCAGGCAACUGAGGACGACCACCUGAAGUUCGACUGUCACACGCUGCUGCAUGAGCUGGUGUCCCAGGAAAUCGUCCCUUGGAAGCUGCUGUUCACCUGGUCUCCUGCAGAGGGCGUUAAAGUGGUGCAGAUGGAGCAGCUUCCUCACUGCCAUGAAUGUGAAAAACCUCCCAACAGCGACUAAACAACUUCAUCACACUGCCAAAACAAGUCCAAACACAUCAUGUACUCCAACACUGAAGCAUAAAGGUGUUGAAAAGGACGUUUUGUUGUUUUUGCAGCACAAACAAGUUAAAAUAAUGUAGUUUAUGUUCUAAAUAUUUUAUUCAACCAUCAUCUGCAAGUGAUACGCCUGAAGUAUGGAGUAUUUUUUUAGCUGAAUAAAUAUAAUUAAGAUACACAGACUGGUGUCUAAAGUGGUGUGUUUGUUGGAAGAGAUCGGGACUUACGGUACUGAGCUGGUGAUGGUCUCUCUGAAAGCCACUUUGGGUUUCCCCAUCACACAGGGGCAGUUGUACUCCCUCUCCAUCCUCUGGAACAGCAGAAACACACAAUCUGUCAAACGCACACGAGCAAAAGGGAUCUGCCACAUGAAAUAUAUGUGUGCCUCGAAUGUUUGUGAAGGAUUUUUGAGGUCUGGAGUUCGGCUGAUUUUGGUGCAGUGAAUCAUCUCUUUAUAUGAAAUAUACAAGAUUAUGUUGUGUGGAGGAAAACAAGUUGAUUCCAUGAUUAAAGAGAUUCCUUAAAAGUGUACCAGAAGUGUUCAUGUGUCCAGGCUGACCCUCUACAAAGACAUAUGAUUGAGUAUAAAAGGUUUAAUAAAAUAUGAGCUUAUUGUUUUUUUAAGAUCUUAAUUCAUAAAAC